CGAUCAGCCUGAUACCCAACUUCCUUGAAUAUAAAAACGUUUAAAGAUCUUCAUCUCCAUCUACCGAACUCUCAAUUACAACUUGUCAACAUGGGAGAUAUCGGAGCCACACAGCGUGACUACUAUGACCUCGGCAACCACCGCCGCCCGGUGACCACCAUCUCUACAUUAGCCCAGCUCUGGGUUGAUCGUGGACUGGCAUGGGCCUAUUCGUUCAACCAUGAGGAAGCAAUCCGUUGCUUUACGUGGGCAUCAGAAGCCGACCCCAACUGCGCCAUGGCGUUUUGGGGAAUAGCUUAUUCCAUCGGUCCAAACUACAACAAAGCAUGGACGUUCUUCGACAGAGCUGGUCUCCAGUCUAGUGUGGAGAAGGCUACUGAUGCGUUGAACCGUGCCGCCAGCCUGGGUGAUCAAAUCACUCCUGUGGAGAGGGCGUUGAUCAAGGCGCUCACUGCUCGAUUCCCACCAGUCGACAACAUCCCCGACGACCUAAAACCGUUAAACAGGGCAUAUGCAGAUGCGAUGCGGAAUGUGUAUCAGGAGUUCUCGGAUGACAUUGAUGUAGCUGGAAUGUUCGUCGAGGCGCUGAUGUGUAUCAGUCCUCGGGGUUUAUGGGACCUGGAUACCGGGAAGCCCACUGGCGACCACACUGUUGAGGCUCGUACUGUGAUCGAGCCCGCACUAGCAGGGCCUGGCCAUGACCAUCCUGCCCUUUGCCACCUUUACAUCCACUUGAUGGAGAUGUCUCCGUAUCCUGAGCUGGCCCUACCACCUGCUGACCGACUGCGCCGCCUGGUUCCUGACGCUUCUCACAUGUUGCAUAUGCCAACGCACAUCGACAUUGCAGUUGGCGAUUACCGACGUGGUGUAGAUUCGAACGAGGAAGCUAUGGUUGCCGACGACAAAUAUUUCGCGCAGGAGAAUACAUCUGGAUUAUACGUGGCAUAUCGGGUGCACAACAUUUGCGCGAAGAUGUAUUCGGCUUUUAUAUCUGGGCGAUCUCAGGAAGCUCUUUCGGCUGCAAAGCGACUCGAAGAGAUAAUCGACAUUAAUGUACUCACAAUAGCUAGCCCUCCAAUGGCUGACUGGACGGAGGGAUUUCUCGGAAGUAUUGCACAUGUGCUGGUCCGCUUUGGCCGUUGGGAAGAGAUUCUCACCCUCAAGCUCCCAGAAGACCGCAAGCUCUACUGCUCAAAGACGGCAACAUUUCUCUAUGCACGUGGAGUUGCAUUGAGCGCUCUCGGCCGCACCGAAGAAGCAGAAGCUACACAGAAAGAGUUUGAAGCAGUACGUGCAACCGUCCCGCCUUCCCGUAUGAGUAGCAUACCGUGUAAGAUGGUCGAGGUCUUCGCGGUCGGUUCAGCUAUGCUCCACGGCGAACUUGAAUACCGGAAGGGUAACUACGAAUCUGCGUUUGCCAGUCUCCGAAAGGCCAUCGAGCUUGAAGAUUCGCUUCCAUACUCUGACCCGCCACCAUGGAUGCAGCCUGUUCGUCAUGCCUUGGGAGGACUAUUGCUCGAACAGAACCGGGUUCAGGAAGCAGAGCUCGUGUUCCGUGAGGACUUGGGCAUUGCUAAAGGCUUCCCUCGCCGUAAGGCACGCAUCAAUAACGUAUGGGGCUUACAUGGACUUCAUGAAUGCUUGCUACGGUCUGGUAAGAUUGAGGAGGCUUGUGGUAUUGCUGUCCAGCGGGAUAUUGCUAUUGGAACAGCUGACGUUCCAAUUACUACUUCGUGCUAUUGUCGAUUAUCUGCGGCUGAUAAGCCCCAGACAUGCUGUUCUGAAUGUUAGUCUGUCCCGUGAUGUUACGUAGUAUGUGUUGAUGGCAUGAAUGGCAAGCCAAAUCUAUACUUCAUACAGCAAUUGCUACACUACGAUUAACUGCCUACCUUGCAUAACCCAUUCCUAUCUCCACUGGAUGAGGAUCCCGUCCAAUGUCACCACCUUGAUGUAAAGCACGUACAUCUAGCUAGUUUAAUAUACAUUCUGGGUUGAAGCAACUAUUACAGCUGCAGAUUCGGUUGAGGAGGGGAAUAUUUGGUGGGGAUUGCGCCAGUUGAGGGCAUGAAUGAUGUCGAUGGUGCAAUGGUAUAAUAGGCGGGUGCUAAGCACCGAGUUAACAAUCGCAAUCGAUAUACACACCAUUGCAAAUCUCAAGUGAACGUCACUUAAUUGGAUGGUGCUGGUAGGGUCCACAGUGAUAUAAUCCCGGUGAUACCCCAAGGGUAUUUAUAAUGCGGAAUUCCUGCGCUUCAAUUACUCUUAAAUAGACCGCUCUCUUCUACAGAGU